AUGGGAAAUGCUAGUCGCAAACCGCGCAUAGCAGUAGUUGGGGCUGGUAUAGCUGGCUUGAGAUGUGCCGCUGUCCUCCUGGAAAAAGGCAACUUCGAAGUAACUAUCAUAGAGGGCCGCGAUCGGAUCGGGGGCCGAGUGCAACAAGCAAAACUCCCAACGGGACAUUUUGUUGACUGUGGUCCGAAUUGGAUCCACGGGACGGAAGACAACCCGAUAUUGGACAUCGCGACAGAGGAAAAGGUUCCAUAUAGUCGCUGGGAUGAGAACUCUUACAUUUACGACGAAGACGGCAAACUAUUACCUCAGACGGUUGGAGACAACUGCUCCACGAUGAUGUGGGAGAUCAUCCAGGAUGCGUUCGCUCACAGCAACGCACAUUCAUCGACCAUCAGCCCUGAGGUAAGCUUGUGGGAUUUCUUCCAGCAGGAAGUUGUCAAGCGGAUACCAGAAACCAAACCAGAUUUCGAGAGUAAACGUCGCUAUAUUCUCCAGAUGGCUGAAAUGUGGGGGGCUUUUGUUGGAAGUCCCGUUCAUACCCAGAGCUUGAAGUUUUUCUGGUUGGAAGAAUGCAUCGAAGGAGAAAAUUUGUUCUGCGCUGGCACUUAUCAAAAGAUCUUGCAGUCGAUAGCAAAACCAGCGAUAGAGAAAGGGCACAUCAAAUAUUCGACAGUUGUUACCAAUGUCAAUACAACUAGUCGUGACGGGGGCGGUCUUCAAGUGGCGGUUGCUACAGGGGAAAUUCUUGAAUUCGAUGAAGUCGUCUUCACAUCCCCUUUAGGUUGGUUGAAGCAACAUCCCGAGGCAUUCAGUCCAGCACUGCCAACCAGAUUGUCCAAGGCCAUAAACAGCAUUGGCUACGGUUGUCUUGAAAAGGUGUACAUAAGUUUCCGUGAGGCCUUUUGGCUUCAAAAAGACUCACGCGGCCGUACUGUCACAGGAUUUUGCCAAUGGCUUUCGCCGAGCUACGCGACUAACUCAAAUCCAAAGAAGUGGAAUCAAGAAAUAGUCGAGUUGGGUUCGCUCCCCGAUGGCACUGGCCACCCAACGCUGCUAUUCUACAUAUAUGGGGACCAAUCACGCCAUAUCACCAGCGAACUUCUGAAACUCACCUCCGCGGAGAAGAGAGAAGCAUUCCUGUACGACUUUUUCAAGCCUUACUACUCGCGUCUGCCGCACUACAACGCUUCGUCCCCUGGCUGUCAACCUGUUGCGUCAUUCUCUACAGAUUGGGUGCAUGAUCAUCUCGCAGGCAACGGUAGCUACAGUAAUUUCCAAGUCGGGCUUGAAGAGGGAGACAGGGACAUCGAAGCUAUGAGAGAGGGUCUUCCCGAUCAGGGUCUGUGGUUCGCUGGGGAGCACACAGCCCCAUUCGUCGCUCUGGGCACAGCGACGGGAGCGUACUGGUCUGGGGAGAAUGUGGGCAAGAGGAUCAUGGCAGCCUACGGAUCACAGAGGAAAGACAAUUUGGUCGUAACUGGCUAG